CCCUGUCGGGUGAUCUCUCUCACUCUCUCUCGUCUUUUCCUAUCUAGAAUUCUCUCUCUCUACAACCUUUUUACUUCGCUGGGACUGGGUGCUCAUGGCGGUGUCGCUUACUGAUAUGAACUGUUUUUCUCAAUUAUAUAAAGCAGAGAAAUCAGUUAGAGAAAAAGAAAACUAAAAAAAAAAAAGGAAACGCAAAUCUAACUUCUCGCUACCCCAGAACGAAAGCCAGUGCCUUCACUUUCACUGCAAAAGGACGAGGAAUAUUAACAGAACACACUCAUAAAGAAGAAACCAGAAAGAGAGGAGGAGCUCAAAAGCAAACCCUAGCUUGGAUUCUUUCAUGGGUGGAGUAGACGCCGAAAGUUGCUGAUUUGCUCUUCUGGAAAUUCUGGAGCUUUUUGCGUUUUAUCUUGCUUUUUAUUUCUUUUGCGUCUAUGGGUUUCUCAAUCCACACUCCUUGAAUCGGAUAUGUCCAAAAGUUUAACAUUCUGAGCUAUAUGUCCUGGUGAACAAUUUGGAACCAAGUAGUUAUGGCAGCUGAGCUUGUCAACUUGGCAACCAGUGAGAAACUGACAGAAAUGGAUUGGAUGAAAAAUAUUGAAAUCUGUGAACUAGUUGCACGUGAUCAAGGGCAAGCUAAAGAUGCUAUAAAAGCUAUUAAAAAACGGGUGGGAAGUAAAAAUGCUAGCACUCAGCUCUUUGCUGUUAUGCUAUUGGAGAUGUUAAUGAAUAAUUGUGGAGAACGUGUUCAUAGACUGGUGAUUGAUACUGGGCUUCUACCUAUACUAGUGAAGAUUGUAAAGAAAAAGUCAGAUCUGCCUGUGCGAGAGAAGAUAUUUCUUCUUCUUGAUGCCACACAGACAUCUCAUGGUGGAGCUUCUGGAAAGUUCCCUCAAUAUUAUUCCGCUUAUUAUGACUUGGUGAGCGCGGGGGUACAGUUUCCUCAAAGGCCUCGGGUUCCUCUGCCAGAUCAUCCUAGUAAAAAAGCACAAGUGAAUAAUGUAUCUGCAGACAAGCCUGUUUCUCCAAAACAUGAAGGCAUUGCUCAGCAAGCAAAUGCUCAGAUUGUGCCUGAAUCUAGUAUUAUUCAAAAGGCUAGUGCUGCUCUUGAGGUUUUGAGAGAAGUGCUGGAUGCCAUUGAUACUCAACAUCCUGAGGCAGCAAAAGAUGAGUUCACUUUGGAUCUUGUAGAACAAUGUUCAUUUCAAAAGCAGCGAGUAAUGCAUCUUGUCAUGACCUCUCGAGAUGAGAGAAUGGUUUCUCAAGCAAUUGAACUAAAUGAUCAGCUGCAAAAGGUGCUGGUCAGACAUGAUGCACUUCUUUCAGUUCGGGCACCAUCUACUGCCACUCAUUUUUGCCAUGAAGCAGAGGAGGAAGAGGAGGCUGAAAGUCUUUUUAGGAGAAUUCGGAAAGGAAAAGCUUGUGCAAGACCUGAGGAUGAGGAUCAUUUGGACCGUUCCUCUAUUUUACUUGGAUCAAUUCAGGCAGAAAGGCUGAAUCGUCCACUAAUACGCCCAUUGUCUUUGGAACCAAGAGAGCCUACUGCACCUUCUCCAGCUGUUGUCAUCCCUCCUCCCCCAGCCAAGCACAUUGAGAGGGAGAAAUUCUUUCAGGAGAAAAGGGGGGAUGGUUCGGCAUUGAUGGGUCACAUGAGGGGCCUCUCAUUGCACAGUCGCAAUGCCAGCAGUUCGAACAGUGGAAGCAUUGAUUCUAGUGAUUGACCAAGCAUGAUGAUGCAAAGGUUUUUCCCCUUGCAUUCUUUAGAAUCAAUAGUUGAAGUUAGGGUGAUUGUCUUGUGAGCUAGGCUUUACUGUUGUCUGGAGAAGGGGUUGGUUCCUUUUAAGAGGAUGCCGUGUGAUAUUCUUGUGCUGAUCACUUGGUGCCACAUCAUGCACCGUCCUGAUAUAAACAAAUGACGAAGUCUACCAUGGCAAGGAAUGUGCAAAUAUUUAUCAAAGAAAACCAUGAGUUGUAUCAUGUAUGCGUUUUAUUUGUAGCAAUCUUUAUCCGUUCUAUGCAUGGGUCGGUUGUGAAGUACUGUUUUUUUUUUGUGUGAAAAAGAUGAUGGGUGUUUGGAAUACAUAACGGAACUAUGUAAAGCACCCGUCUAUCUGUCAAAGGAUACCUUGAAACACUAAUUCUUGACGAUGACCUGAAUAUCCAUGAAAUAGAGAGCAGCUGAACUGGUUCGAUCAGCA